AUGGUUCAAUUGUCCCUUUGGUGGCUAACGGUAUUUUUAUGGUCACUGAAAUCCGUUUUAUGUGAACAAUUCCAACCACCUCAAGUGUGGGAAAAUGUGGAAUUUAAGAGAUUGGUGGAUGUGGAACAUGUUUACACUAUUGAAUCACUAGAAUUGACUAUUAAGAAUAUCGACAAUAAUGCUAACAGUGAAUACUUCCUUGCGUUACCAAAGUCCACGUUUGAUCACUUGUCUAUCUUUUCAGUUCAAUUGAAGGAUAAGCAAGUCUUUAUCGAUUCUGGAUUCAUUGAACAGACAACUCAAUUGGAAGAUGGUAGUGAAGUUGCAUAUGGUAUAAUUCAAUUUCCUACGCCAAUUGAACCAAAUGAGGAUGUUGUUUUCAAUAUUAACAUGUCUUACAACGUGGGAGGUGUACCAUUUCCUGAACAUAUUGCUCUAACAGAUGAACAACAUCUACUUUUGAGCACUACAAGAUAUCCGUUGUCAGCAUAUGAGACUAAGAGAGGUACGACUGAAUUUUUUGGAAGUGACGAUUUCCAAGAAUUCCAUCCAGCUAAGGGGUAUGAAUUGGAAAAGAGAGCACCAGGAUUAAUUGGUACUUGGGAUAAUAUCCGUGCAUUCGACAAGGGUCCUGAACUUCAAGUGCUUUAUUCUCAUAAUGUCCCCAUGAAACAAGUAGUCAAUCUACAAAGAGACGUAUGGGUAUCUCACUGGGCUGGUACGAUUCAGUUCGAAGAGUACUACGAACUUCUUAACAGUGGUGCUAGAUUGAAUAAGGGUUUUUCUAGAUUGGAACACAUGCUCGACCAACAAAACAUGAAAUUAAGUCACUACUGUGGUGUCUUAGAGAUGAAUCUACCUGAGGACUCUAGUGAACACUAUUUCACCGACAAAGUCGGUAUGGUUACCACUUUCCGUAUACUAGGCGAUAACAUCUAUUUGAAACCAAGAUAUCCAAUCUUUGGAGGCUGGAAAUAUAAUUUCACCACCGGAUGGACCAAUCCAUUGACCAACUUUUUACGUGUUAGUGAAGGAGGUGAUCAUUCCUAUAUUAUUUCUGUUCCUCUUUUGAAUGGACCAGAGGAUACAAUUUACGAUGAUGUAACUCUUUCCCUUUAUUUGCCCGAGGGCGCUAAGGUUGAAACUAUUGGAUCAGCAACACCAUCAAUUAAUACAGAUGUUACCGCUCAAAAAUCUUAUUUAGAUUUGAACAAUGGUCACGUCAAAGUUACUUUGAACUUCAAGAAUUUGAUUGACCAAGUUGGUACAGGUGAGCUUCUGGUCAAAUACACAUACGAUCACGAAACUGCGUACAAGAAGCCCUUGAACGUUGCAAUUUACAUCUUCACAGCUCUUAUGGGAUUUUUCUUUUUGAAAAGUGUUAACCUAAAUGUAAGCAAUUAG